AUGGUCGGUAACACAUCUUUACUCCGUGGUCGAGCGGUACAAUGGGCAAUCACAGCAGCGUGUGGUUCCGCUUUCUUACUAUUUGGCUAUGAUCAGGGUGUCAUGUCUGGUUUAUUGACCGGAGAUGCUUUCACCAAGCAGUUCCCUUCCAUCGAUACGACUGACGGGGGUACCGGUUCUUCUUCACUCCAAGGUACUGUCGUAGCCAUUUACGAAAUUGGAUGUCUCUUUGGAUCGAUCUUCACAUUCUUCAUGGGUGAAAAAUUUGGACGACGACGAACGAUCAUGCUUGGCUGCACGAUUCUUAUCAUAGGGGCCACUUUGCAAACUGCUGCUUUUGGAAUUCCCCAACUCAUUGUUGGUCGUAUCGUAACUGGUCUCGGGAAUGGUAUCAACACGAGUACGGUCCCUGUCUGGCACAGUGAAACGACUCAUGCUCAUGAUCGUGGUAAGGCUUUGGCUAUCGAAUUAGCCAUCAAUAUCUUCGGUGUGAUGUCCGCAUACUGGAUCGACUAUGGUCUCAGUUUCGUCAAUUCCCCUGCCCAAUUCCGAGCUCCAUUAGCCAUUCAAAUGGCUUUUGCCAUCGUAACCAUCCUUGUCAUUCUGAUAUGCCCCGAAUCUCCUCGAUGGCUCUUGAAGCACGGCCGAGAAGAUGAGGCCCGAGCUGUACUCGAUCAACUCUCCACCUACAAGGGAGCAGAUCGACUUGAACACCUCGACGCGGAUUUCGGAUCGAUCAAACUUGCUCUGAUUGAAGAGGAAGCCGCGGCUGUGAAAGAUAAGAAUGGCAACCCUAUUUCACCGGUGCGAGCGUGCUUUACGUUCGGAAAGGAAAGGUAUUUCCAUCGAGUCAUGCUUGGUGUUGGCUCGCAAUUCAUGCAACAGCUCUGUGGUAUCAACUUGAUUACCUAUUACGCCCCUGUGAUUUUCGAACAAUCUGUCGGUCUUAGUCACGAUAUCUCGCUUCUUCUUUCCGGCUUCAAUGGAAUUGCCUACUUCUUAUCUUCCCUCAUUCCCAUAUGGGUGAUCGACCGUGUAGGAAGAAGAAAACUCAUGCUGUUUGCCGCCGCCGGUCAAUGCGCUUGUAUGGCAAUCCUUGCGGGAACCACGUCCGUUAAUCAUCAAGGAACUGGUAUCGUGGCCGCAGUAAUGCUCUUCUUGUUCAACUUUUUCUUCGCUGUCGGUUUGCUUGCCAUUCCCUGGCUUCUCCCAGCAGAAUAUGCUCCAUUGCCGAUUCGAGCAUCUGCGGCGGCCUUAGCUUCUGCUUCGAACUGGAUUUUUACCUUCCUUGUCGUUGAGAUCACUCCAGUGUCAAUCAACUCUAUUGGCUACAAGACCUAUAUCUAUUUCUGUGUUUUCAACGCAUGCUUCAUUCCCCUUAUCUACUUCUUGUACCCUGAGACUGCCAAACUGUCUCUUGAACAAAUCGAUCUUCUGUUUACUGGGGAACAUGUGCUUCUUCGACUUCCCAAUCAUUUACGUGAUGCACACCCAGGGGGAAAUCUUGCAGGGGCAGAGCUCGGUGCCUCGGUGCCAGAAAAGGCUUCUGAGACUGCGUUGAACGGAGAGAAAGCUCAUGUGGAGACAUCAGACCGUGCAUAA